AUGCUGUGGAUGUUACUGAUGAGAUCCCAGGCCUGCAGACUAUGUUAUGUCAGAAAGAGAUUAAUUCCAAAAUACAGACCUUUUUUAGCUUGCUUCUCUACAGCUGACAGCCAACCAGACAAAGAAAAUCAAAGAACCGUGGAAACGCUCUAUAAGCUUUCAGUUGACGUAAGAAAAAUUCGCCGACUAAAAGGAGGGGUCCUUUUGGAAGAUGACACCUAUGUUGAAGAAAUUGUCAAGAUUCUACGAGAACUAGGUGCUGAUGGACCUGUGAUAGCCAGCAUUUUGGAACGAUGCCCAGAAGCAAUUGUGUGUAGUCCAACCGCUGUUCACACCCAGAAAGAACUCUGGCAGUCAGUCUGCAAAAGUGAAGGAGAGUUAGUUAAGUUAAUAGGACAGUUUCCUGAAGCUUUCUUUACUGUUACAGACCAGGAGACCCAGAAGCUCAAUGUUCAGUUCUUCCAAGAGUUGGGACUCAAGAAUGUCAUCAUUAGCAGGUUUUUAACAACUGCCCCUAAUAUUUUUCAUAAUCCUGUUGAGACUAAUCAACGAGUGAUAAAAAUGCUCCAAGAGAGUUAUCGAAAUUUAGGUGGAUCUGAAGCCAACAUGAAAGUUUGGCUGCUAAAAUUAUUAAGCCAAAACCCAUUUAUUUUAUUAAAUUCUUCUGCAUCUGUCAAGGAAACAAUGGGAUUUCUCCAGGAGCUAGGUUUCACAAACCUUGACAUUCUCCAACUCCUGUCCAAACUCAAAGGAUUCCUCUUCCAGCUUGGCCCCAAAAGUAUACAAAACAGUAUUUCCUUUUGUAAAAAUGUCUUGAAGUGCACAGAUGAUGGCCUAAAGGAAUUAGUUUUGAAAUGCCCUGCCCUUUUAUAUUAUCCUGUUCCAGUUCUGGAAGAAAGAAUUGAGGGGUUAUUGAAAGAAGGGAUUUCCAUACCUCAGGUAAGAGAUGCGCCAAUGGUGCUUGAACUGACACCACAGAUAGUAGAGUAUAGGAUGAGGAAACUCAGUUCUUUGGGCUACAGCAUAAAGGAUGGGCAUCUAGCAAAUCUCAGUGGAACCAAAAAAGAGUUUGAGGCUAACUUUAGCAAAAUCCAAGACAAGAAAGGUAGGCCAGUGUUUAACCCUGUGGCUCCACUAAGUGUUGACGAGUAA